CUGAUACCUCCACGUUUUCGAUGUCUACUACCACGACUAGUACUGCAACAACUACAGAGGCUAUCGCUCCGUCCGCUGGGAUAGAGAUCUAUGACUACCACACCAAAGAGCAAGGGGACAUUUUUAGAGACACCCAACUUCGUUAUCUCGCCUUUGCUCAGCGCAUUCUUCGUGUGAUUACACCGUCGGCUAGACAAGUUAGAUACCUAGCGUUCACCUCUGAUGUAGGCGAGGCCUUCCGUCCAGUAGUCCCUAGGUGGCUUGUCAAUACCUCUUAUGCUGCUACGGUUGGAUAUAUCUUUGGUGACAUCGGCUAUUCUACCUGGCUUGAGUAUAAGCGUACCAAGGAUCUUGCUGAUCACAAAAUUCGGGUAUGGACUGCGGCAGCUAAGGCCACUACCUUUCAAAUGGUAGCUAGUUUGGCUCUGCCCUUUGCUAUUAUUCAUUCUACUGUACACUAUUCUGGUGUUGUGCUCCGUCGUAUGGCUGUCAAGAACGCACGCCUACUUCAAGGGGGCCCUACCAUUAUUGGUUUGGCAAUUGUCCCUUUCCUUCCCACUGUAUGCGAUAAGCCUAUCGAACACGGUGUUGAUCUCAUCUUCGAAAAGUGGGGUCCUAAGAUAGUUAGCGAGGAUGUAGCCAGGACUAAGGAGAAAGAGGAGUGAUCAGUCCACUGACAGUAGCAUUAGCACCAGUAUCGCUCAUCGUUAUUUGCAAAUGUUAAGAAAAUAUCUUUUU